AGGGAUCAUGGGAGUUGUAGGCCAAAAACAUCUGGAGGCCCAAGGUUGAGGACCACUGCUUUAUAGCACAGAGCUUCAGCUUUCUUAUGUUUUCACAGCCAGGAGUGCUGUUUUUUGGUGACGGGGUGAGCUCCUGUUGCUCGGUCCCUGCUCCUGCCAACCUAGCAGUUCAAAAACACUUCAAAGUGCAAGUAGAUAAAUAGGUACUGCUCCGGUGGGAAGGUAAAUGGCGUUUUCAUGUGCUGCUCUGGUUCGCCAAAAGCGGCUUAGUCAUGCUGGCCACAUGACCCGGAAGCUGUCUGUGGACAAACGCUGGCUCCCUUGGCCAGUAAAGCAAGAUGAGCGCCUCAACCCCAGAGUUGUCCACGACUGGACCUACCGGUCAGGGGUCCCUUGACCUUUUCUGUGGGCCUCAUUAACCUCGGUGAUCCUACUUUAAGAUGGAGUUGAAAGAUCACCGAUGUUGGUUACUGGAGUGCAGAAACUAGGGAAAUGUGCAUUGCUGGUUGGAGAGAAUCAUUUGUUUGGGAGGGGGUGCCCAAUCUUAUAGGCAGUGGUCAUUAAAAUGAGCUGCAUUCUAUACAGGAAACUCAGAAGAAUUAUUUUCAGAGUUGGUAUAAAGCCAAAAGUGGAUUUGUGCAUACCAUAUAUAUUUAUAUAUAAUACAGUACAUUUAAGAAUGGCCAUGGUAAUUAUGGUGAAAAGAAGCUUAGCCACCCUUCUGAGGUCUGCAGGCAGUUCUAAGCUACGGAAAAUACAGAGUAGCAUGUCAUGAAGACUGUAGUCUUUUGCGAGCCUGGGAAUAUUUUCUCUUGGCCUCCAGUGCUUUGUUAUUUUUGCUGCCUAGAAUUUUUGGGUACAUGGAGUACAGGGUUGCUGUAGCAAUGUGGCUCUGCCCAUUAUGAAAGCAGCGCCCUUCCCAUGAAGGACGGCGUUUUUCUUCUUCUUCUGUAGCAAAGCUUGCAAUCCGGCUGAUGCUCAAAAGGCAACCGAGCCAACAAUGUUAAUCUUACUGAACCGUACAGUGUAUUUUGUAAAGCGUCUGUCUUAAUAGACACAGCGCUCUCGUUUUUCAUCCCUGCAUAUCUGGCUUGGAAUAAGGUACACAAACAGUCAGUUGAAGGUGCUGAUUCAUGUAACUGGACUUUGUGUACCUUGUGUACUGAUUUUGUACCUAACACCAGUGAAUAUAUUCAGAUCUGUGCAGCUUCCUUGGGUCCUUUUUAUACAUUUUACCUGGAACUAAUCUGCUGUGAAUUCAACGUGGUUUUCUUCUAAAGCCUGUCUGUGUGAAGAGGAUGCUCUUUGCUGCUUGAAGUGACCGGUUCUCCACAGUGAAUUGUAGAAGAAUGUGGAUUAACCAAAUUCCCUGCUGUCUAUUGGCAGUAGUGCACUUGUGUGUCCUGAACCAAUUGGCCCACAGUCAGGAAACAGAUCCGUCACACACGCCUCAGAAUUUGACAUGUAUAACACACGACUUUGAAACGGUUAUCUGCACGUGGACAACUGCCUCCACAGCUAGUCUUGGAGUGGAAUAUUCUUUCUGUCACAGUGGCAGGACUUCCUGCUUAACAACAAAGGAGAAAACAGCGCAGAUUGAUAAACUGAUCUCAUUUGCCUCUAAUCAAAUAAAGAUAUCCACCGUGAGUCAGUCUGGAAAAGUGAUAGCCGAAAACACAUUUGAGCUGACUGAUAAAGAUAUUGCCUUUGUCCCUCCCACCCCACUGAUUCACAACCUGACUGCCAACUUCUCAACUGACACAUUGACUCUGGAGUGGUACGAUGGCGGCUCAGCCUUUCCAAUGGAGAUGGAAGCUACUUGGCAAAUUCAGAUCCUGCGUAAAGAUCCCAUGGAAGAAGUUGCACUAGAGACCUAUCACUCCAACUUAAAUCGUGAGGACAGCCUCCUCCGGUGGAGCUGGAAAUCAGACCUGGCUUUUCAGUGCACCACACACUAUGUCAAGAUCCGCUGUUUUUUUCACGAGGACCUAUAUCCUGGGGACAAGAAGUGGAGUGAAUGGAGCCAGCUUGCAAAUAUUCCCGGGAAUGAUACGGGCUCUUCCAGAGCAGUGUUUCCUGUCGACAGAGUGGUGCCAGUAGGUUCCAAUAUGACGUUCUGUUGUGUGUGGAAGGAAGGCGAACACCUGAACUACCUGAAGUAUGACACUCAGGUCUUGAAUUACACUCGACUGUCCAACUGGAGCGUGUCAGGCCACGUCCAAAACGCCAUACCUGCGGGUUCUGGCAAAAACGUCUAUUGUUUACUGGAUGAGAGUGAAUAUGCAGGGACCGUUCUCUUUGCCGGCUACCCUCCCGAUGUUCCUCAGAAUUUUAGCUGUGAAACUUGGGACUUGAAAGAAAUAACCUGCGCUUGGAAACGAGGAAGGUCCACUUGGUUAUAUGGCUCACAAAGAGGAACAUAUUACAGCUUUUCUGAAAGUGUAUCUGGGAUUAAUGUUACACUUUUCCAUAUAAAAACCAGCGAUGAAUAUUACCAUAAGUUUCAAGUUCGGAACAACCAGACAGUCUAUAAUUUCACAGUCCAAGCUUCCAAUCCACUUGGUCGGUCAGCAACCUCUCUCAUAUUUGAUAUGUAUCGUAAAGUUCAUCCAAGACCACCUUCUCGGUUCACUGUGAGGAACGAAAGCCCAACUAAUGUUACUUUGUCAUGGCACAUGGAUGGCAAUUUUAAGCAAAUCAAGCUGCAGUGCCAGGUUCAAGUUAUUCGCGGGGAAGGACAGAAGAAAAAGACCCUGAAUGUGUUGCUGGAUGGUGCAGACAACUCCUUUUACACAACCUCCGUGAGCAAGUUGCGUCCCUACACAACAUACGCUUUCAAAGUUCGCUGUUCAGUUGCUCCGCCCCUCUUCUGGAAGUGGAGCAGCUGGGUCGAGGAAACACGGCACACCACUCUGCAAGCCCCUCCAACGAGAAGUCUAGAUCUCUGGAGAGAGAAAAAUCUUGAUGGUGAGACUGUAACCCUCUUUUGGAAGCCACUACCCGUUUCCGACACAAAUGGGUUGAUAGAGGCUUACGAGGUGUCUUGGUCCCUACCAGAGGGGUCCACUUACAACAAGUCGGUUUCUGCACCUGCCAGCAACACCUCGAUAAAGCUUGGGGGAAAUGAUUGUGCAAUCUCGGUGGUGGCGAAAAACAAGGGUGGCCGCUCUCCUCCUUCUCAGAUAAACAGUGCAGAUAUUCCAGUCAGCGAUGCUCCAACAGAGAUCGGAGUUGCCAAAGGAGAUGGCAUUUACAUCGCUUGGGAGCCUGACCCCAAUGUCACCUGUGGCUAUACCGUGAGGUGGCCUCAGGGGCUUGAGCCCAGCGCUGCUGUGGGUUGGGAAACGUUUCCAUCAGGCGUGUCAGAUGCUGUGAUCAAAUCUGAUCUCUUUCAGCCAGGAAUCAGAUACAAAUUUUCUGUCCAUGGCUGCAAAGACAAUGGAUAUCAACUACUGAAGUAUAUAAAUGGCUACACACAAGAGCUGCAACCUAGCGCUGCGCCAGUUUUCAAAGUGGAGCGUGCCACCUCAGAUUCCAUUGUCAUAAGAUGGGAGGACAUUUCUGACGAAGAUUGCCGGGGCUUUUUAAAAGGUUAUCUGCUUCACUUUGGGAAAGGUGACGAAAGCACCACAAAGCCGAAAGCUUUUGAGCCAGGCCACUCAGAGACCUACAUGAAUAUUACUGACUUAAAGCAAAACACCUUAAAAAUAUCAAGCCUUCAAGGGAAAACAAACUACCACCUGAGCUUAAGAGCCUACACAGCUGGUGGAAUUGGCCCGCCAAGCAGCUUGUCUGUGGUCACAAAGGAGAAUUCUGUGGGAUUAAUCAUUGCCAUCCUUGUCCCAGUAAUUAUUGUUAUUGUGUUGGGAGUGGUGACCAGCAUCCUUUGCUACAGGAAGAGAGAAUGGAUUAAAGAAACCUUCUAUCCCGACAUUCCGAACCCAGAAAACUGCAAAGCUUUAGAAUUCCCGAAGGAUCCAGAGGGAAACCUCAAUUCCAAAACCCUGGAGAUGAACCCCUGUACCCCCAACAACAUUGAAGUAGUUGAAACACAAUCCCCUUGCCUGAAGAUUGAAGAUACAGCCAUUACAUCGCCCGUAGCAGAAGAGCUUCCGGAAGAUGGCGUAGACUCUGACACAGAGAGCCACAUUGUCGUCUCCUACUGCCCGCCAAUCAUCGAGGAGGAGAUCUCUAACCCACCAAUCGACGAAUCGGCGGGGUCUUCCCAAGUUGUCUACAUUGACAUCCAGACUAUGUACCCAGCUCCAGGGAAGCUGAAGGAAGAACCAGAAGUUGACUGUGUGGCAGCGGCAGGCUAUAAACCUCAAAUGCAGCUGCCGGUGAAUAGCUUGAUAAAAAUGGAGGACUCGCCGUCCAUCGAAGAGGACUUGGACAAGGCUGCAGGCUACAGACCUCAAGUGAAUGCUUCCUCCUGGAAUACAGACUGCCCAGAUUCUCCUGAAUCCACUGGUAGCAACAAUGAAAACACCUCCUUUGGGAGCCCUUGUUCCAUUAAUUCUCGGCAGUUUUUGAUCCCGCCCAAAGAGGACGAAGACUCUCCCAAAGCCACUAACACAGGGUGGUCCUUUGCUAACUUCUUUCACAACAAACCAAAUGCUUAGCAGCUUUGGAGGUGGCAACAGUUGCUCUGAAAAGCGGAAAUUGCUGCAGAAAUUGCAUAUCAGCCUUGGAGAGAGACUAUACUGAAGGGUUUAUGAUGUCAUUCGCUGAAACUGAACGCUGGCCUUGUUUUAAGUUAGCAGUGGAUGUGGCAAUAUUCGUUUCGGGCGACAAGAGAUGCUAAUUUAUUGUGCCCCAAUGGGGGAAACAGGUGCUCUGAGGUAACCCUUUAUGAAACCAAAGAGUGGCAGGAGGUCUGUGUCUGUUGGGGGAGGGGCAGCCCCCUCCUCAAAUCUGCCUUGUCAAUAGAGCAUAGCGCUCUCCUUUUGCGACUAUUUUUUUCUGGUUUUCCAUUUUGAAUAGCAGGGAGAAAUUAUUAUAAAGAUCACGCACUUGGAUCGUUAGGCUUUUAAAGGCAUUGACGCACGUCAGGUAUGUGCAGGAUUGAGGCCUUGCUGCUUUGUCAAAGGUAUAUAUAUCUAUAUUUCUUUUUAAAUCCGUUUUUCUAUGAUUCUGAGCAACCAAACACUACAGUACCCAAACACUACCAUUUUGCAGUUGCUGACGGUUUGAAGGCUCCAUUCCUCAGCCUGCUCUGUAGAAGCACCUUACUGCUUCAGGCACAGCAAUUCCCUUUGACUUCUAUGGGACUUAAGCCGGUUUGUGUGGGAAAGCUCCAUCUUCAAACAGCUGAUCAGCCAUGGCUACAGCUGAUCUGUGGGGUGGGUGAGUUUGACAAGCCUGCACACGAGUUCCUGUACCUACUGUAUAAACGAAUUUGCAAUAGAUGACUCAGGGGUGCAAAAACAAAAGUGUAACACUGAUUUUAAAAUCUCAGUCAGGAAUAGAUAAAUGUGUGAAGCUUCCAACUUUUUAAGCAAUGUUUUUUUAAUAUAAAAAUCAUCUUGACCUCAAGUACCGGUAGUCAUGCUAGGCAGGAAUACACCUCUCUGACAUGCUACCUUUUUUUUUCCCUGUGGGGGGAUUUUUUUGGUUUCUUUCUUGAGGAUCAUCCAGUCAUGUCAUCUACCACCUGCAACCUGAAGUGCAAGGUGAAGGCACCAUUUGCGCAGAGGCAGAUUUGCCAUCCUGGGUCUUUAGUCUUUAGGAUUAGUCUUCCAAAGCUCUUUCCCUGCUUGAGCACCAAAACCAUAAUCAGGGCUAACCCGUCCAUCAUAUCUGUGGGAAACUCUUACUCAUGGGGGAGUGGCCACCUGUGAAUACAUUUGCAUGUGUAUUGCAAUGAAUACACAUUUCCAUGCAAUACAUUUCAUGCAUGAAUACAAUUGAUUUUAUGCAUGGCUAUCUAAAUUGAGUUCCCCUUGUGGUAUAUAAACUUAUUUCCAAGGGACCAAUGUAAUGGGGCCUGCUCUGAGCUACUGAAGCCUACAUGUUAGCUCGACUGCGAUGGGCGUUUUUCAUGGAAUGGCCCUGAGUUUUCCAGCUGCUUUGAAAUAAUUAUCCUCUCUCUAUUCAGGUCUAUUAUAUUUCGAACGUCCGUUUUAAGUGCAAAAUUUGGUGGAGGUGAACAGAAGCUUUAUAGGUUUGAUUCACUGUUGUCAGAAGGAAGUCACACUUGUAGAGAGUGCCUUUCAAUAUGGAGGAGUCUUCCUUUAUUACUUUUGGUAACUGGGACCUCUCCCCCCCCCCCCGACACAUAUACACACACAAAACACAAAGGUGUUUCUAGUAUUAAUCACUAUCCCUUUUUUUGUUCACGUGUUUACACCAAACAUUCCUUAAAAUCUAGAUGGGUGUAUGUGUGGUGCUGAUGGGUUUUUUUUAAUUAGCAGAGUGCCUUUUAUUUUCUUAAGCUGCUUUUUCAAGGCUUUCCCCUCAGGAAUUAGAUUUGGUUGCUUCUGAUCCCUGCCGUGUAGUAAAACAAUAUGUCUUGUAUGAGGUUGUUUGUAUCAUCCUGCAAAGUGUUACAAGAUAAUUUUGACCACACAUUUGCUGCAUUUCUGUGGUAAAACAUGUGGUGCAAUGGCAGCCUGUUAUCCACCAGUGUGAGAUUACCAUGUGGAAUUUGUUUUGUCCGUUAAGCAGAUAGGAGUGACUUCUUUCCAGCUGAAUAUCAUGGUAGUAUUCCCACCCCACCCCCCUUUCAUCCUGUCCCACCCUCAAUUUUGUAAUUUCCUCAUAUCAAGAAAUAGUCCAUUGCAGCAUGUCAGAGAUCUAGAAACACAUGAGAAAAAUGCCCUGUAGCAUGUAGUGACUGCAAAACCACAAAUUGAACUAAAGCUUUUUGGAACAACAUAUUGUUGGGUAAAUAAUGCAUGUGGUGUUUUCUUUCUUUCUUUUAAAUCACCGUCCCUGAAUUUUGCACUGAACUUUCAUCUGCAAAGCUACUCUGUUUCCCCAUUCUGGUGCUUCUCCAGAAACAUUUUGGUUUCCCCUUACGAUGCCAUUCUAGUCUAUUAGGGUUUAGAUAGCAAGCUGGAAUGGCAGCAUGCUACAUAUGGGCUAGCCUAUCAGGGUUUAGACACUACAGAGCCAAUUGGAUGUGUUUUAUUAGGUGGCGUUGCCACUAGAGCAAACAAGCAGCAUUGCCCUUGCUCACUCGCAUCCUUUUCCCAAGCUGCACCCUGAUGGUGCUUUCAACUAGAUGUGACACGUCGUGUGAAUGCCAUUAAUGUGCAUGGAUUUUGUUAUGUAACAAGCAGCCCUGGGGGAAACCUGAGCUGUCUAAGAACAAGCGGUUGGGAAAGGGAAGUAUAGCGCUUCCUCUCCCUGCCACAAUCCCAACAAGGCCCCCUACCUCCUGUGGUGCUUUCUGUCCUUAAAAGUGAAAGCUUGAGUGGUUUUCUAAUGUCUGGAGUAUGUUUCAUAUAGGUUCAACUGAAAUGUUAAACCAUCUCUUCUAGAGCAGUUCUGAGAAGUAUUUCUGAGGCGGAGGUAUGGCACCUAUUUCAGAAGGUGGGGGAAAUUAAGAGUCUGAUCACCCUUUUUGUUUUAACAUGUUAACCUUUUCAUCCUGUUUAGUAUGUAAUGUUCAUUUUAUUCUGGAGGGUUCCUUCUUUUUCCUUUUAAUUUGAGCCAUAUGUUUUUAGUAAGGUUUUUUUUUGUAAUUUUGUUUUUAAGAGCAGAAUUUUUGAAGGGCAUCAUGGCAUUUAAGUCAUAUUUGUUGUUUUGUGCUGACUGAAUGGGAAGAAAGGGACUGUGAAUCCUGUGUGUGUGUUGUGUGUGAGAGAGAGAUGGCACUUUUGAAGUGUUGUAGGAUAUACAAUUUUUUAACAGAACUUUUGCGUACAAUAUACCUCAUAAAUGUGAUUUAUCGCCGGCUUCCUCAACCUGCUCCUUUCCAGCUGCUUUGCACCACAACAAUUACCGUCAGCCCUAGUGGUUGAUGGGAGUUGUAUGCCAGGCCUUCAGGAGGCCACCAGGUUGAGGAAGCCUGAUUUAGCAAAUAAGAGUAAGCUAUAAUGCUGAAAACAUAGUAGUGGUUUCUUUUCACCCUCUGAAUCACUUUCUUCCCUUUUAUGUGAAGAUAUUGGAAUAAUUUUGCUGUGUGGCAGUUCCCUCCAGUGGUGACUAUGCAAGAGGAGUCCUCUUCCCUAAAAAUGCUUGCAAAGGUGUUGGGCAACUCUUGUCAGGGGACGCAGCAGGGACAACACCAGUGUGUAUUUAUACCUCCCAUUUGGGUGUCCAUUAUUGUCUUUCAGAGUACACUGCCCAAAGAGAGUGUUUCUGAUGCCUGAUGUCAAAAAGCUUGGGCACUCCAGCCUGCUGCUAUUCCCUGCCUGUCAGUAGCAUGGGGCACUGUGGGUGACUAGCACGAGCCAUCAAUUUGCAUGGCAGACAGCUAGAUAUUCGCUGGCUAGGAGGGAGCAUCUGAAGGGGGAAGUCAUUUAUGUCUUGCUGCUCCAGAAUGCUUCCUGUAACCCAGCAUGACUGCUGAAGUGCAAAACAAAGUAUGUGGAAGAUGCUGUAGAGGAACACCCACGUGUCUUGUCUCUGAAAAGCUUUUUCUCGUAUGGAAGGGAAAUGGGCAGGAGGUUGGGGCUGCCUGCUGUUUUGGAAAAGCCCUGCUUUUCUCCUAAAGGACUCUGCUCGGCAGCCUCCGUUUAUUUCAGUAGGGCUUGUGCAAUUGUACUUAAAGAGGAAUGUGCCUCUAGCACUUCAAGCCACUAAAGGUUAAUGGGCUCCUUGUGAUCUAGGGGUCUGGCCCAACCAGAGCAAAAUGUUGCACCCACCUGUCCUCCCUAUCGCAGUGUUGUCUCGGACCUUCCCCCCCUUUAAAUCCCAAAUUUAAAGGAGGGAACGGCCUUAGGUUGUAUGCACAGAUUUCAGCUGUGCUGUGCACUGAGAGACCCCCACACUUGCUGUUUAGAUUGUGGUUGUGGUGUGGGUUAGCCAGGCUGCAGGUCAUUGGCGUGUUAAGAUGUAGGGAUCUGGAAAAGAACUGUCUGAAGAGGGAGCAGUGGUGUUCAAACCACAGUUCAAAGAUCAGCAGUGACAGCCCGUCUUAACUGAAGAUCCACUACUGAUCUUAGAGGUGAUGUGCAUAUGCGGAGGUGUUUUGUUAUUUUAGGGGGCACUCUUAGUUCACAUGGGGCGAUGCCAAACAGGUGCUGUGCGCUGGAUGGUCCAAGCGCACAUCCGUGCAUUAAAAUGAGCUGCAAGAUCCUCUUGUCAGGCUCAGCAGGAUUGCUCAGCAGACCUUUUGGCGUGGAGUGUGUUUGUUAAUGGGUAGGAUGCUUGCAAACCACUGACUUGCACCGAUUUUUGACAGAACCACACCACUGUGGCUGGGAGAACUUUCCACGUGGCUGUGUGUCUCCUUUAGCCUUCACUGUGAAUGUGAAAUCUCCUGCAGUGAGAUGAAGCAUAGACUCGAAGGAAGAAAGGAUGGGGAGUUGUGUUGGGAGGGAGCAUAAAUGGGGUUAGGGGAGGGACUUUGUAAGUAAAGCCGUUACUUGUAUGAUAUAUGCUGUGUUUUUAUAGUUCAGUACAUUAUGAUGUUUUUUUAUUAAAAGUGUACAUAGCAUAUUAAAUGGAUAAUGUGUAAUAGAUGUGAAGCUAAUCUCCAUGCUUUUUAAAAUAUUAAAUGAGCAUUAUGAUAUUGAACUGACUGGAAGACUGAACCAUUGCCUAUUUUAAUUCCUAUGCAAGCAAUUUGCCCUAACUUAGCCUUGCUUCCUACCGUAUCUCUGUACUUUGGAUUGCUGAAUUUGGUGAUUUGAAGCCAAAACAGCUCAGGUAUUGUUGUGUCUCUUAAGCAAACCUAUGUGAUGUAUGCAAAUGAAUGUACUUACGUUGGGCAUAUUUAAAUCUCGGGGAUGUCUUUUUGAGACUACUUUCAAUCUCACACAGUGCCCUUGGAAUUUAUAAACGUUGCGCCCCCAGCGAAAGGAGAACAUGCUUACUUUGGGGGACCUGCAAAAUUUGAAGUGGAUGAGUGAAAACCCAGCCAUCCUCUGAUAAAAGUGCACCCAUCCCAAUAACCACCUUGGGGUUAGGGGGACUUCGUAGUAAUGAACAUCUUGAGUAUUCGUGCAAAGCAAGCCUGGGAAGGGGCAAUGUUUCCUCCCCUAAGCAUCCAAGUGAUAGAAACCGUACUUUAGCAGCUAAAUAUUUAGUCUUGGUAAAAAUUUCCCAAGUAGGCAACUUUCGUGGAGGAUAAUAUUGUGGAACACAACUGGGGAGGAGGGAGUGGCAAAGAAUAAGUGAUAUAGUAUUGAUAUACUGACUUUAGCAUGAACAUAAAUGGCAAUGUACUGCUUAUGCCUGUAAUAUGCAUGUAUUAAGAAUUUGGCAGAAUACUGUCAUGGAGUUAAAUAAAUGUGUAUUUUCUUAC